AUGGGUGCUGAGAUUUCAAAGACCGCGCUCACGCCGGAGGAAAAAGCGUGGGCCUUACAGAAAGCUCACGACGACAUCCACGGCACCGCCGCGGCUGCUGCACCACCACAGCGAGUCAAUGCCGCAAGCUUGCCCCGCAACGACAGUGUUAUAGCUGUUGACGGUAGACGGCCUCCGGAACGUCAGCCGUCUGGGCAGACAUCUCUCUCUGUCGUACGCGAAGCCCAGCGAGAUGAUGGAGCGGAGGGGCUACUCCGACAAGAGCGAUUGGAGCAUGACCAGUCAGUCAAGGCCCAAUCCGAGAAAGAGCGUCUCGACAAUGACCGUAGUGUGAAGUCGCGUCUUGCCGCAGGGCGAGGAAAGCAAGUUCGUUUGAACGUCUCCUGCCCAAAUAAGGAAGCUGCUAAUGAUCCCGUCAAGCAGGAGCGAGACCGCCACCCUGGAUUCCCGUCGCACCAGCAAACCAACUCUCAGAUGAUUCGCGACAAGGAGAAUGCGGAGAAGCACCGGCUUAGAAUUGAGCGGACAAAAAAAGAGCGGCUAGAGAGAGAAGCCGCUGAGGCAGCGAAGCGAACUCCAACUCGGCAACCACACGCUGGCGACGAGAACGCAAUGUGGCAGCAGACCAAGGCCACUAGCCAGGCCAACGCUGCCGCACUGCACAAGAAGAAGCUGGGAGAACAGGCCGCGGUGUUGGAAGCUGAAGCCGAGAAGAAUCGUAGGGCCCUCCAGGAGCGCGAGAAGGCGAGACGGGAGAAAGAGCAGCAGAAGGUCGCCGGACCACCGGUAGAGACUACGGAAGAAGGAAAUAAUAAGCGUUCCUUGUCAGUUGCUGGCUCCUUGCGGGGCGACAAGGGUACAGCUAUGGGGGAGCAAUCUCUUCCAACACGAACACAACGACCGCAGAGCAUCGCCAACAGCUCAAAGCGUCCAGCAACCGAGCCGGUAGGAAGAAUACCCAAGCGCUCGCGUCUGAGCAUCUCGUCUGCUUCUCCAGUCUCUCCAAUGUCGUCUGGCAGCGCAGAUGGACAGCGCCAGCCUCCGGACUGGUACAAGGCCCUGAAGCGGGAAAACAGCCGGAACUCGGACGAGUCUGGAGCGGAUACAAUGAUGAAGAGUCUGAAGGACAAAAUCGCAAGAUGCAAAUCCGGAAACACCAACGAUGCCGAUUUCAACGCCGUCCGUAGAUGCCUUCACGGACUCGUCUUCCAGAAAGUCCACGGCAAGCUCCUGCGCAACAACAUGAUGCUUCACAACGAAGACGGUCUACCGCAACUUUUCGAUGUACGUUACUCCAACGGCGUGGAUUACCCCUUCGAUAUUCGCGCCGACGCUGAAGAGCUAUAUAACAAAUGGUCCCGUCAAAUCUUCGAGACUGACCUCCUUCGCGGCAUUAUCGCCAAAGGAGGAGCAGCGGGAGCAGACCGCAAUGCUGACAGUAUUGACCCCAAGUGGCCGACCGUCAGCGCUCGGUAUCACGGCAAUGGAAAACUGCUCAAUGGCCAAUGGUGGCCCACGCAGCUGACGACCUUCCGCGAUGGUGCACACGGCGUAACUCAGGGAGGCAUCUGCGGCGCGACAGGCCAUGGUGCGUAUUCCUGCAUCCUCUCUGGAGGACAAGAUUACGCCGACGAAGAUCACGGGGACUGGCUUCUCUACUGCGGCACGGAUUCCAAGACCGGCGAACCGACCGACUACACCAAGCACAUGAUCGAGAGCGUCUCUUCCGGCCUUCCGGUGCGGCUCCUACGGUCCCACAAUUGUCACAGCCAGUGGGCACCACAGCACGGCUUCCGUUAUGACGGUCUCUACGAUGUCGUCUCGAUGGAGAGAUUGGAUCCGCCGGGUUCCUUGCGUCAACGUCACCGCUUCAGACUGGAGAGACGGCUCAAUCAGGACCCGAUUCGAGGUGGCCAGGGCCCGGCAACUCGUCCGACACAGCAGGAGGUCGAGGCGUACACGAAGGGUCAGCGUUUCCGUGGUAUUGGCGUCAAGGGCAAGAAGGGAACGGUGUUUCCGACCUUCGGUUGA